AUUGUUCAUCGCUUGUGUUUUGACCGUUCAAUUUCUAAAAAUGAUGAGUGCUUCUAUUUGUUGGAGGUUUCUACGAAAAAGACCACUUGUAAUAUUUAUUUGUGCUCUUAUUGGUUUUCUACUAUUUUUAUCUCAAAGUCCUUCAAUUUUUGGCCCACCGCUAAAGUCGCCGAGACCACUGACGGAUUAUACCGGAGAUGGAUUUUUGAAGGAAUUUAUUCCAGCGAUUUCCUGUCAGAAAUGGCUCCUGGGAGUUGGCAAACUUCCAGUUCCUGCAUUAUUGAUAGAUGUACAUGUCCUGCAGUGGAUUGCUGAUGGAAAUUGUAAAAAUUUUAGUGUUAAUAUGUCUGUUAAGAUUGGUGUAAACGUCAAUUUAAAGCCAAAAUUCAAUGCAUUUGAUCAAAUUUUCGACGUUUUCUACUACUCAAAUGACACCUCCACAGACUACCUGGAUUUUCACACCCAGCCACGGAAAAUUAUUCCACAAAAUUUCCCGAAUAUUCAAAUAGGCAACCUACUCGUGCCUACCGUAAUCCCGCAAUUUCUAGAAUUUUGGCGCCGUGCCAAGUUUCAGAGCUGCCGGAAUGUGUCAAUGUCGGAGAGGGACUCGCUGAGCAUGGUUUACUGGAAAUUUAAGAUUUUGCAGAGAUUUCAGCUAACAGCCCCCAAAAUCCCAUCAAAAGAGUCCGUGGAGCAUUUGGCGGUGCUCCGCGACGAGAUGCUCCAAUUCGGGAUUUACCCAUUCCUAAAUGGCGGAACUUUUUUGGGGUGGUACCGAGAAUGUACAGUAAUUCCACAUACUACUGAUAUGGAUUUGGCCGUGUUUUCCGAGAAUUGGAAUCCCGAGUUUUUGGAGUUUUUGUGGAGCCGGCAGUCGAAAUUUCGGGUUAAGCGGCAGUUUGGGAUGGUGAACGACUCCUUCGAGAUAACAGUACUCCCAAAAACUAGAUUUCAAACUUUGGUGGACGUAUUUUUAUUAUAUAACGAGGGUAACAAAACCGACGGGACGGAAUAUCGAUGGGCUGGUGGAACUGGACCUGAUGGUUCAAAAUACAAGUACAUCUACCCACCAUACGAUCCGUGGUGUUCCGCUGACCUACUCGGACACAUUUUUUGGGUGACCUGUACCCCGGAGGCAAAGGUUACGCUAGAAUACGGUCCCAACUGGCAUUUGGAUCAAAAUUCGCUGAAUUACGCGUGGAAUGCUGCCCGGAAUAGUGUGCCAAACGGGCGGUUUACAGAAAAACAGAUGAAAAAUGAAGUUUAUAAUAUUUAUAGGUUGUGAUAUAUACAAAUUUCGAAUAAAUUUGUUGAAAAUUAGA